AUGAGCCUCCUGGAAGCCCGCCUCCCGGCCGUCGCCAAGAACUGCACCCGCCGGCAGCUCGACCAGAUCCAUGGCCUCCUCCUCACCUCCUCCCUCCACCGUCUCCCGGGCCUGCCCGCCCUCCUCGUCCGCCGCGCCACCGACGUCGGCGACAUGGCCCACGCCGACCUGCUCUUCUCCUCGUUCCUCCGGUCGGGGGCGCCGCACGACGCCGCUCUUUACAACGCCAUGAUCCGCGGGUGCUCGUACCACGGCCCCCACGAGCGCGCGCUGGAGCUGUUCGACGAGAUGCCGCGCCGGGGCCUGGUGGCCGACGGAUUCACCUACCCGUACGUCCUGGACGCGUGCGCGCGGCUCCGGGCGCGGCCGCGCGGCGAGGGCGUCCACGGCCGGGUCCUGAAGGAGGGGCUCGACCACGUGCCGGCCGUCGGGAGCUCGCUGCUCGCGUUCUACGUCUCCGGCGGCGGCGGCUCGCUGGGCGACGCGCGGAGGCUGUUCGACGGAUUGCGCGUCAGGUCCGUGGGCCUGUCGAACCACAUGAUGGCGGAGUACGCCAAGGCCGGGGACGCCGGCUCCGCGCGGGAGCUCUUCGACGCGAUGCCGGCCAGGGACGCCGUGUCGUGGAACUCGAUGCUCGCCGUGCACGUCAGGUCGGGCGACGUCGCGGCGGCGAAGGAGCUCUUCGCGGAGAUGCCGGAGAGGGACGUCGUGUCGUGGACGACGAUGCUGAGGGCGCUGUCCGUGGCGGGCGACUUCGCCGGCAUGAGGAGCCUGUUCGGCCAGAUGCCGGAGAGGAACCUGGUGUCCUGGAACUGCGUGCUCUCGAGCUACACCCGGCACGGCAGGUUCUCGCAGGCCCUCCGCCUCUUCCCAUGGAUGCUGCUCGAAGGCCACACGCCCAACAGCUUCACCGUCGUGUCGCUCCUCUCGGCCUGCGAGCACCUCCGGAAGCUCCGGAUGGGCCGGUGGGUGCACGCCAACCUGGUGACGCCGGCGCUGCAGGCCCACGCCGCCGUCGGGACGGCGCUGGUGGAGAUGUACGCCAUGUGCGGCGACGUAGCCCGUGCGCUCGUCAUCUUCACCAAGAUGCGCAGCAAGGACGUGUUCGCCUGGAACGUGAUGAUCAGGGGCCUGGCGGUGCACGGGCGGGCCGGCGACGCGCUCAGGCUGUUCGACCUCAUGAAGCGGCAGGGCUUCCGGCCCGACCGCUUCACCUUCAUGGGCGUGCUGCUGGCGUGCAGCCACGGGGGGCUCGUCGACGAAGGGCGCCGGGCGUUCGACGCGAUGCAGAGGGAGCACGGCGUCCGCCCCUCGCCGGAGCACUACGGCUGCCUGGUCGACCUGCUCUGCCGCGGCGGCGAUGUCGACGGGGCGGUGGGAGUGGUGCGCGCGAUGCCUUGCCGGCCGGACCAGGGGGUCUGGAGGGCGCUGCUCGGCGGGUGCGGCGUUCGGGCCGGCCUCGGGUCGGCCGAGGUCGCGGCGACGGCGACGGUUGGCUGGUCGGAGGAUGGCGAGCGUGCGCCGUUGAGCGAUCUCUUCAAGAUAAGCAAGUAG